UCGAAUUUUUACCGCCAUUUUCCGGUCGAUUGAGGGGUGGUUUCCCUCCGCGAACCUGUACUAUCGAUAGAAACGAAGGUAAAAACGGUGAAGUUUCUAUUCAAGAGAACAUGUCAAUUUCGCGUGAAAUAAAAAAUUAAUGAGUAGUAUGGACUCAGGUAUUGUUUGUUUAACAAUCACUGCAUAGUGCGUAGUAUUCCUCUCGGAAUACCCUGCUUGCAGGAUGCAGAUGAUUUUUCAGGGUGGUGGUCCAUUGAUUCAGAUGAAUAUAAAUAAACAGGGAUGCUGUGACGUGAUUAUCGCGUGUGAGUCGUUUAUUUUUUGAGAUAAAAAAACAAGCUGUAAACUCAAUUGAUACAAGUAUGAAACUUCUUCAUUGUUAUUUGUAAUGAAUUUGAAACUAUCGUUAUUUUAACAGUUCAUUUGAGAGUAAAGCGAAAAUUGCGGAUCAUCAUUGUCCACACCCUAGAAAUUAAGUAUUAUAACAAAGAUACUGCGACAAAAAGCUGUCAUGAAUCGGUGCAUAUUUCGAUUGACUGAAAAUACGGCUAUAUCGGUGCAAGAUUUAAAUAUUACGUAUGAAUUAUUUAACAAUUGAGUGGCUUUAAAAUCAACGAAAUCCUAAACAACGAAUGAAUAAAUUCGUGUAGAUGUAUGCUACGGAAAUACAUGAUAAUUACGACAAAAUAACCGAAUGACAUAUACAAUAUAUGUAUAUUUUACCAUGCAUGGCAUUAGAAAAAUAAUCUAGAUAAAUAUGAAAGUUCUUUUACGAAACAUUUAGCAAAAUUUUACAUCCACUUUAAAAAUUGAUCGCGGGGGCAUUUAAGUGAAUAUAAGCGUAUCGCCGAAUUGUGAAAAUGGACCAUAUAAGUGAGUUUGACAUAAGACUUGAAAAAGAGGCCUACUAUGCUGGGGAGACCAUACACGGUCAUGUCAUUUUACAUACGACUGAAAAUUUCAAAUUGAGGUCCAUCAGAGUAUCGCUGCGUGGCCAAGCCCAUGCGGAAUGGAAAAUACUCGUCAGUGGUGAUAGACGAAGUGUUAAAGAUGAUCAAUAUUUUGUUGAUGACAGACUGGUGAUAUGGGGCCAAGAUUCCUCAGAAGGUUCUGUGCCAAUCUUACCUCGUGGAAAACAUCAGUUUCCAUUCAGAUUCAAUUUACCUGAGAGUGCUUUACCAUGUAGUUUUGAAUCUCGUACUGGCUGUAUUCGAUACUAUGUAAAGGCCACAGUGGAUCGACCUUAUGCGAGUCCACCGCAAGGUCUUAAAUAUUUCACACUAAUCGGACCCCACAUAGACUGUAUGGAUGAACAAUAUCUGGUACCAAUAGAUAAACCAAUGGUUGGAAAUGAAAUAUAUGCUUCCUGCUGUUUUUGCUGCACUCGUAAUCCAGUUGAACUAAGUGCUCAAUUAGAGAGAAGUGCUUACGUUUCUGGGGAAAGCAUUAAAUUACGUGCUGCAAUUGACAACAAAGGUUUAGAGAAGGCUUGGUUGAAGGUUAAAUUAACGCAGUAUGUAGAAUUUUUUAUCGAUCGCGGAGUGCUUGGAACUAGUAGAGAACAACAAAAAAUGGUCUUAGAGUACAAGGGUGAUCCAGUUCAUCCUGGCUCAACCAUGAAAUGGGAUUCUGGUAAGACCAUGGUGCUCCCUGUGUGUCCACCUACAUUGAUUGGAGUCUGCCGACUUAUACAAAUAUACUAUGUUCUGAAGGUCAGUGUAGAAUUUGAAAAAGCGGGAGAAGAUCUACAAAUGCAUUUUCCAUUAACAGUUGCAACUGUGCCAUUCAGAAUACCGAACAGCAUUCAUCAACCACAAAUCAAAUAUGACGUUGCAGCUGAACAAGUUGAAGGAGGUUGUUAUAUAGGACCAGAAUUUUUGCUAGGUCAAGUCUAUGAUGGAUCUGAUGUAACGCAACCAUCUGCAUUGGUCUUGUACAGGCCCGUUUACGUUUGCACUACAAAUGAUUGGAGAGGUCACGGACAUUAAUACAAAUAAAUGAUUAAUGGUCUUAUGAAGUUUUCAGGGUAAUAUAUAUGAAUGUCGUGCAAUUAAGAACAUUCAAUUUUCUAUUGAAUCCAAAAUUAUGAACCGACUGAAUUUUUACGUUUCUAGCGUUAUUUUUCAUAGUAGUAAACAGACAGAUUGACGUUUGACUUAGCAGAAAAGCAAAAGCUGUAGUAAAUAACGUUUGAAUAUGAAUAUUACUACGUAAUUGGAAGUGAGCUAACACCCCCUGUGAUUUGAAAAAUGUAAAGUUUUUUCAAAUUUACAGUACCAAAAUAUACAUGUCAUUAUGCUACAUGUCAUGUAUCCAGUACGUUUUUUAUUAAUCUUGAAAAGUUUGUUUAUAACGUAAUUGUCGUUGAUUGAAUAUAUUUUAUAUUACGUACAACGCAAUGAAACGGUUGCAAUAAUGAUAGAUGUUGGGCGUACUCAUGAAAUGUUUAUACAUAGAUAUAUCAAUAGAAACAGUGAUCCCAUGUACUUUGAAAGAAAUUGCAGAUUUUUUGACUAUCCCAAAAACAAAUACCUCGGAAUCUUAAGAUAUUUAUAGCAGGUUAUGCACUGCAUUUUGUGACUGCGCUGAGAAUAGAUACGCCUAUGUGAAAAUAGAAUGUUAUCAGCCACCUCAGAAUGACAAUACAAACCAUGAACCGUGUAAUAGUUCUAGAUAGCUGCUAGCUCCAAAGACAUAUUGGUCUAAAAUAUUUCAAAUGUAAAUGAUAAAUGGUAUUUAGUUUUGGAGUAUGAGUAAUAGUAAUAGUCCUAAUGCAUUUAAUUUUGAAGUAGCAAAAAAAUCAAGUUCAGUAUUUGUAUUUAAAUGCCAUUAAACAGUCUACAAUUAGGAUGUGACGUCCUCAAGAUCUUCUGACAGCAAUAGUUGCACACAUCUUGGACUUCAGGUUCAAAAGUAAGUGCGUAUGACUUAUGGUAUAAACAAUCAUGUGGUGGUUGUGAUUGAAAGAGUUUAAGAACAUUACUCGAUUUUUUUUUACUUUAAAUAAACUGUGACGCAGUUCAUUGUUGCAUAAAAGUAGGGAGUUUAUACAAACAAUGAAAAGUAUUUACAUUGACGGAAAGUCUCCUUAGCAUUACAGCCACCUUUUUCUUUGAAAUAUCGUGUUUAAAGAUGAGAAUCCAAUAGAAAAUCUGUAACGUGAACAUUUUAGAAACAAGAGGCUGAAAUAUCUUGGCCUCUAGAAAAAUUUCAACAAAAAGUAUUGCCUGGUUAUCCGUAGUCAUUAUGCGUUCUGUGUUGAGAAUAUACAACGGUGUGCAAUUAUAUUGAGUGUUAGGUUUAAGUCCCUGGAGUCUAGAUCACUUUACAUUGUACUCUACCAAAGACAAAUUUAUAAUGAAAGACGUUAUAUAUGAAUGUAUGUUCAAUCAUAUAAUAUAAAUUAUAUACUGCAAAUAUAUAUUUAUUCAUCAGUAAAA